GCCCUGAGGCUGCCCAGCUGCCGGGGCUGCCCGGUGGUAUGAUUAAUCAUGAUUCACUUACCAACUUCCAAAUGAAGAGAUCUGAGAUGUGACUCUUAAGUAGUUCAGGGUGACUGUCAAGAUGGAGAGAACUGGAUGGAUGGGGUGUACAUCAGUGAAUUGAAAAUUAGAGGAAGAAGAUGGAAAGUAAUGCUGUUCUUCUGGAAUCCAAAUCCUCACCAAUCAACCUUUUGAAUGAAAUGCAUCAGCUGCGUCUCCUAGGCCACCUUUGUGAUGUCACCGUGAGCGUAGAAUAUCAAGGUGUCAGAGCAGAGUUUGUUGCUCACAAAGCUGUGCUGGCAGCCACAAGCAAGUUCUUUAAAGAGGUCUUUCUUAAUGAAAAAGGCAUGGAUGGACCAAGGACCAAUGUGUUACUGAAUGAAGUCCAGGUAGCUGACUUUGCAUCUUUUCUGGAAUUUGUUUAUACUGCCCGGGUAGAGGUAGAAGAAGAUCGGGUACAGCGCAUGCUGGAAGUGGCUGAGAAACUGAAAUGUUUAGAUUUGUCAGAGACCUGCUUUCAGUUAAAAAAACAAAUGCUUGAAUCGGUGUUGCUGGAAUUGCAAAAUUUUUCUGAGUCACAGGAUACCAAUGAGGAUGGCAGGGCCCAUCCUGGCACUUUAACUGAGCCCAAAACUAUCACUGAACCACAAGGGGACAAUGUGGAUUAUUUUGCAAGCUCUGCCCUCAGAAGACCCAGGACUGGACUGGAGCUAGAACCCCCCACCCUGAAAUUAAAGGAAAAGUUGGAGAGAAAAAAAGAAGCCCUGAAGGCCCCCUGUUCCAAAAUCAGGCGGGCGAGUGGCAGGUUGGCUGGCAGAAAAGUCUUUGUGGAGAUACCCAAGAAGAAGUACACAAGGCGCCUGCGAGAGCAACAGACGUUGGCUGAAGCUGUUGUGGAGGAGAGCCGGCUUUCCAAAGACCAGGGCCCCCGUGAAAAGGGUGGGGAGGAAGAGGAGGAGGAGGAGGAGAAAGACCAAGCGGUGAACAGUGUGAAGCUAGAGGAGAAAGGGCCUGAUGGUGCUGAGGACCACCAGGAGGAAAACCUGACUAAACUGGAGGAGGAUAAAAAGAACCGCAGUGGCAACUUUACUUGCAGUACUUGCGAGCGGGAAUUCCUCUACGAGAAGAGCUUUCUGAAACACAUCAAGCAGAGCCAUGGCAUCGCAGCUGAAAUCAUUUACCGUUGCGAAACCUGUGGCCAGACUUUUGCCAACCGGUGCAACCUCAAAAGCCACCAGCGCCACGUCCACAGCAGCGAGCGCCACUUCCCAUGUGAGCUCUGUGGUAAGAAGUUCAAGCGCAAGAAGGACGUCAAGCGGCACAUUCUGCAGGUUCAUGAGGGUGGUGGGGAGCGUCAUCACUGCCUCCAGUGUGGAAAGGGUUUGAGCUCCAAAACGGCCCUGAGGCUUCAUGAAAGGACACACACAGGCGACAAGCCUUAUGGGUGCACAGAGUGUGAGGCUAAGUUUUCUCAGCCUUCGGCACUUAAAACACACAUGAGAAUCCACACAGGUGAAAAACCAUUUGUUUGUAAUGAUUGUGGAGCACGAUUUACACAAAAUCACAUGCUUAUAUACCAUAAAAGAUGCCAUACAGGAGAGAGACCUUUCAUGUGUGAGACAUGUGGGAAGAGCUUUGCUUCCAAGGAGUAUUUGAAACACCAUAAUCGAAUCCACACUGGAUCUAAGCCCUUUAAAUGUGAAGUUUGCUUCAGGACAUUUGCACAGAGGAAUUCACUAUAUCAGCAUAUCAAAGUUCAUACAGGUGAGCGUCCAUACUGCUGUGACCAGUGUGGCAAACAGUUUACUCAACUCAAUGCACUGCAACGCCAUCAUCGGAUCCACACAGGGGAGAAGCCAUUCAUGUGCAAUGCCUGUGGGCGGACAUUCACCGACAAGUCUACUCUUCGGCGUCACACCUCAAUUCAUGAUAAGAACACACCCUGGAAGUCUUUCCUUGUAGUCGUUGAAGGUGCUUCUAAGAAUGAUGAGGAUCAUAAGACUGAGCUUCCUGUUGAAGAAUACGAUGGACCUCGUCCCAAGUUACCAGAAAAGCUGCUGUCAUUAUCUGAAAAUGGGCACUAUCAAAGUUUGACGGCUGAUCAAGAAAGCAUGACUGCUGGGCAUGAAAAUGGAACUUCCUCUGUAACAGACUGUAAAUUGAGGCCUGCAGCAGGGUCCCAAGAAGCCCCCAUAGCUACAGCUUUGCAUGAUCUGACAGUGUUGCACACCCAGACAGACUCACUUCAACCACCUCUUCACAACUUGGUGAACGUAGAAUAGGUCCAUCACUUGAGUGGAGAAGUUCAACAAGGGAAAAGUUACGUUGUAUUGUGUAAAACUCUUGUAGUGCAGCAACCUGUAAAAAGGUGCUGUUAAAGAGUCCUGUGUUCUACCCAGAUUAGUUGAAUUCAAAUGGAUGAAGUCAGUACUUAACGCAUUUGUCAAAGAGAAAAGUGCUCUUUCAAGUUUUAUCUACGAAAUGUAAAGUAGGGUCCAGAUCAGUCCCUAUAAAAGAAAAUGGAGGUUCUGUUUGAAUCCAGAUUUUUCUUUUAGUCUCGGCAUUAGUUCUGUUAGUUCCCUUUUUUAUAUCUUAUUUAACAUUGUUUUCAUAUUGUAUGCAGAAUAAUGUGAAAUACUGUGUAGCACAAUCUCUCUCUGGGUCCAAUACUUUAUGCAGUUUAAUUUUCUUCAAAGAAAUCUCAGAUAGUGGGCAAUAUCUCACUGUUUUUGUAAACAGCAGAACCGCUUUUCUGAUAAAAUUCAAGAAAAUCACUAUUUGAAUCCAACUAUGUCCCUUGGCUGUGUUGCAAUGAAGUCCUGGGUUUCUCUUCCCUCAUGUAGCCCUUUUGCACCUGUCAAAAAUCUGCAGCCGAUGCUUUGGAUAUUCUCCAGAAUUGAUGUGUACAAUCACCACAGAGGGAGAGAAAGGGAAAACCUCCUUGUUUUCCCCUACAAUUUGGAUGUCGACUUAGCUUUGUAAAAGGAACGGAGCACCCUUAAAUUCAAGUAAUCAAUAUAGACUACUUCCUGGGGAAAAAAAACUUGGAAACAUUUCGUUAAAAUAUAUUAUUACAGAAGCUUUGUCCUAGGGCUCAAUUCCCUCCUAGCUCUCUCUCUCUUCAGUCCCUAUUGAUUUGUCCAUAUGAUAGUGAUCUCUACUACAGAGGUAAGGAACUGAUGUUUUCCAGAGAUAAUGCUAAAUUACAGAUCACACUGCCAACCAGCAUUCGUGUUAAUGAGAUUGAGAAUUGUUAUCUGG